AAAAAUAUGCUACCCUUCUUUUGGACUACGUUUAGAAAACUUUCGUUUUAUCAAACGCAAAAUGCACAGAAGUAUUUUUAUAUGUGCCAAAGAUUUAAAGUAAUGAUUGCUGACUGCGUAUUUUGUGCCUCUCAGUGUAGGGUGUCGGUUAGUAUUUUUUAUAUAAUGUAUAACCCACUACGCUUGGAAACAUUGGUUUGAAUGAAAAUAGAAUAUUCAUUAAGCAGUUUAAUGUGCCAUAUCCGAAGGCGAUAAAAACGUCCCGAUAAAAUCCGCCUUCGGGAAUAUCGACACUGCAUCGUCUGCGAAAUCUCGUCGUAUAUCGUCGGCCCAAUCUUGAUCCUGGCUUUUGGCUUACCAGAAAUCGCGCCAAGUUGGAUUCAGCUCUGGAAUCGUUCCCAACCUAUACGAUGCCAUUUAUUUUACACUUUAGAGAAGAUUUCCAGCUUUGCAUCCUUUUUGAUGUCGAAGUUUGCUUUGCUCUAUUUACAGUGGAUUAGGAACGAGUUAAGAAAAAACAUUGUUCUAAAAGUAGCAGUUGCGUGACGAUUACGGCGCAAAUUCAACCAGAUGUAUUCAAAAUACCACGUUCUGUGAUAAAAAUUGAGAACUUUACAUGUAAAGAACGACAAAUUCACUUCGCAGCUAGAUAUUUCUUUUUGAUCACUUUUUAAUUAAAAUAUACCAGCAUGAAACCCAACCUACGCAUAAAUCCUAUACAAUCUUUGAUUAUUAUUAGGCUCAUGAAAUUGUAUUAUUUCGCUAAUAAAAUAGAGGCAUUGACCAGAAAAUCGAAUGACUUAAUUUUAGCGCCAGAUAAAAUAAUUUAACAAAUUCCGGAAAGCGUGCAUAAUGCGAAUUACGGAAAGUGUCUAUCGCAGCCUAUGUUUCGCACCCAAAUGUAACGUUGAAUAUUAGUUCAAUAUUGAUUUAUUAUAUAACAUUUAUUCGGAAUUUAAUAUUUGAAAUGCGUACAGAACACGGACAAAUCGGAUUUUAGUAGCUUUUUAAAUAAAUUGAUUGCGAGCUCUGAUAUCCAUCUCUCUCGCUCCGCUUCCCUCACAAUAUAAAUAUGCUCGUUGAUUUUCGGUUUGAGGUAACGACGAUUUCAAUGGUUUCAGUUCGGUAAAUUGAUGAAUAAAUCAGCUCGGAAUCGAAUGCAUGUAGAAAUCCAUUAAUAUGUGCGAAAGCAAAACAUUAAUGUAUUUUUAAAAGGUCCAGUAAGAAAGUAAGAAGAAAAAUACUACAAAUCCUUUGGAACAGUUAAGAAACCUCUAGAUUUCUGCAGCAAACAUCAUAAAAAUUUGUUAAGAAGUUUUCGUAUUCGCUUACAAAAUUAUCAACUUUGAUUUUUUUUUAUUAAUCGCAAGAUCCCAAAUUGUAAACGUUCAAUAUGCGCCUUUUAACGUAAACAGUCCACAGCUGACGGUGGCUCUGGACUGAACUUCUUGGCGCUUCCGACUCCCGUCAGUUAUUUCGGAAAAUAACUGAAUAUCGGUGCGAGUAGUGGGAGUAAGGGGCCUUUGGGCGUUGAGGGUGGGACUAACCGCGUCGAAGCCUCAAAAACCACGUCGGAUUGGCUAUAUACCGUCUCUCUCUGUAAUUUCUGAGGGUCUCAUUUGGUUGUCUUUUUCUAACUCCCGGCUUUUUAUAUCGUAACGGAGCUGUCUAGCCUCUCUCUGUCUUGCUUGAUGGAGUUGCGUUUUUCUGUCACUUUUUAAAUUGGUUGGCCAGCAACAGAACCGACUUAAGGAUGAUUUCCCUUAGUAAUUCGAAUUGUCAUUAAUUCACAAUUUUUCAAAAUGUGCCACCAUAAUAGCUAUUUGAAUAGGCAUUAUGCGAAGAAGAAGCAACAAAGACGUUAAUUCAACACAAAACACCUCUACCUAAUAGACAUAAACAGUACCAUGGAAAGGCCCGAGUGCGGGUGGCUCGGUUCAAAGCAAGCCGCACUUGACAAUAACAUCGCUAAAGAAGACUAGCCUUCACAACAAACCUUGAAAGUCUUUGUUUCUUCAAGACAAACGCUUAGAGGGACCGACAAGUGUGACUAAUUCUAAGAAAAACAGAUACUUCCUGCACGUUUUGAGUACCUACACAAUUUACAAUGAAUCAAACGGAAAAAUUUUAUCAGCCAAUUCAAUUAGAUGUUGCUGAUUUUGCUUGCAUAAAAGAAAAAAUCUAGUCUCUGUAUGUGCAAGUUAAAAUUGAAAGGGACAAAAGUUUGUCCUUUACCAUGUUGUCCGAGUUGCAGGAAAAAGUAGGAAUGUUAUUGGAUUUUUUGUUCAAUAGUCUCGUUAUUGCCAUUUGGAAUCAGUUAUAUUUAUCAAGUUUUGCCAAAUUGCUGUGUAAAAAUCCCAGCACUGCCCUUUGAAGUUGCAAGUUAGUAUGACUUUGUCUUCUAAGAGAAUUGAUGGCUCCUAAAAGUCUUCGUGACAAAGGGUCAAACUAGCCAUUAAUCCGUAUCUGACUACUCCACACAUUUAACUCGACCAAAGAGCAUAUCUCACUUCAACAAACGAGCGGCCGUGCUUUGAUCUGCUUCAAAAUUUAAAACAUGCAUACGUCUCACUUUCAUUCAUUAGCAGCUCUAUUUUUCUCUGAGCUCGUCAAUAAAGCUUCAUCUCGCUCAUGCUUCUAGGUCCGUCUCUGUUGCUCGCUCCGAUUAUAAAAGUGCCAAAGACUCUAUGCGUCUCUCUCGUGCCGUCUAUUGUAAGAGGACAAAUCACACUCUCGUAUUUAAAAACUGCCCUCCUUUAUGAGUGCUAGGGGGUGGGGAGAUCCCGAAAAUAGGGUAAGGGCCGUGCAUGGAAAAAAUCGGUUAGACUCAGUCCAAGUGAGGGAAUUCGCCGUGAGUGACUUGUUUGUAACCGACUUGACACUUGUAAAGAAGUUUAGUUCGUCUGGAACGCGCGUCACGUGUAGUUCGAAAGUUUGCGGUUGCUUCAUUCAGCUCUUUUUCAUUAUCAGUCUUCUCAGUCUUUGGUCAACUAUUCGGUAUUCACUAUGCGUCAUACAAAGGCACAUAUGAGCAUUUAUCCUGAUAUGGUGGCAGAACUUUCGGCCCAAUAUCUGAGCGUAUUGCAGGAGUUCCAUGGUGAGUUGGUAUCUACCGGUUGUCCAUCGGUACUAUGCUCGGUGCUACCGACUCACUGGAGAUCCAACAAAAGCUUACCACUUUCUUUUAAAGUGGUUUUGCUGCAAGAUGUACCCGAUGGUACUGUUGUGACCGUGCAAGCCGGAAACGACGAAAACAGCUGUGCGGAACUAAAAAACUAUACGGCAACGACCAAAAAUCAAGUGGCCAAGUUUAGCGAUUUGAGGUUUGUCGGGAGGAGUGGAAGAGGAAAGUUUCUCACCGUUAGCAUCACCGUGAAUUCGCCUGACUGUGUUCAAGUGGCCACAUACAACAAGGCGAUCAAAGUCACUGUGGAUGGCCCGCGGGAACCCAGAAGUAAAUCAACGUUUCAAUAUGGAUGUGGCUUUAACAUGCCCAAUUGUUUCUCCCCAUUCCUUUUAAGUUCUCAAUGGAUGGAUCCUGCAUAUUUCAGCUAUGACUAUAUGAGGCAAAAUAGUCCUACGAUAAGUGCAAGUCCCGUUCCUCCAACUACUGGCAAAGGGUUGGACUUUUACAUGUCGAUGGCAAACUACCUGCCAGCAAGGUUUCCGCCGCCGCCUAAUUUCGCAACAGGAUUGGAUCUAAAGUCGCCGUUCUUAUUAGAUGAAAGACACAUCUUGAGUGCUCAUUCGAAGGAAUGGUGUUUGGACCAAAUGUCAGGCAAAAAUCGGGAUGCGGAAUCGCUCAAGACCUCUCCGGAAGUUUCGGAAGAUGAGGACAUUGAUGUGGUAAAGUCAGCAUUUGUGCCAAUUAAACCGGCUAGUUUAACGUCGAAAGCAUCAGUAGAUGCCAAAAUAACGAACGAAAAAAGUUCAGUUUCCAGUAAAGAUCAACAUUUCGAAAAGCAAACAGAUAAAAACACACAAGUGGACGAUAUUACGAGCAAACCGAAAGUGUCGCACCGACCCACAUCUAAAGUGUUUUGGCGGCCUUAUUAAAUGUUCAGUUGCGACCUUACGUGAGGUUUGACCGAGGAAUCGAGAAAACACUGCUGACAGAUACGAAAAUCCAAAUGAGUUGGUAGUAUUAUGUCGCGACGGUUAAAAACGGUGAGAAAAAUUAACCAGCUUAAUAGUGAUUUACGUAACCAGUAAGAUUAUUAACGCACGCAUGUGAAGAUUUGCAAGACGAGGAUGGAGGCCGAGUCGUCUAAUCACAUAAGUGCGUUAAUAAUAUAAUGUCCUACGUGUUACGUAGAAUAUUUUAUCUAGGACUAUAACGAAUAUUAUUUUUUAUUCGAAUGAGUCUAAAACUAAAAACUAAAACCAUUUUUCGAUCAGAAGCGAUGAUCGAAAAGGAGCCCGUUUAUUUGUUUUGCUUUUGCGCACGGACUUUUACGCGCCUGUUCGCAAAAGUAAAGGUGACAAAUUAAACGUAUCACUGUCAUUAUAUUUUUUCAAAUAUUUUCAUUAAAAAGUAAUCGACAUGCUUUUUUAAUGAUUUCAUUAUUUAUCGACAACUAAUGCUAAAUAGCUUGUUUGCAUGCUGCAUAAUUUAAAGUUUACUUACAAUUUGUAAAUUAUAACUUUGUUACAAGUUCAGUCUCAAAGACGUUCUAAUGACCAAUUUUUUUUGCGCUCGCCGAUGUUGCCACACGCAAAGCACGAUCUCUUUAAAUAACGCAAAUUUCAUGCAAAAUAUGCAACUUAUAGAAACACCAUAGCGUGAAAGCAGCACUUGAAUUUUCAAUACUCACUGUUUCACUUGUCGAUUGAAAACGAUUUGAAACGUCAAAAAUGACAUUGACAUCAAAUUUAUCAAAAUAUGAAGUAAGGAGUAACUUAUGUUUCGUGUUACGUCUUUCAUUCGAAUAAAAAAUGUUGUUCGAUACAGGGGCGAAAACUACUGUUAAAGAUUAUUUGAGUAAAAAUAUUUAGUUAUAAAAUUGAAUUCAGAACCCAGGUAAUGAGUCAUUGUCAUCAGAGUCAUUGUCAAAGUUGUGUCUUAAAAUUAUACAUUUUAUAAGGAGUUCAAACGAUGAUCUGCCAUGUGAUAUUGAGAACGAAUAAUUUUGUUUCGUAUCUUGUGACAGGGAAACCAGCGAAGAAACUCCUUGAUUGGUACCUGAAAUGGUGCAGUGAACGAAAGAUUAUCAGCUUAACAAGCGAGAAAUUAUUAUUAGUAUUUUUUAACAAAGUAAGCAAAAUACAUAAAUGCUUUGGUGUUUGAUGUUCUGUAUGGGUGUGUCUGGCUUCUUGGUAUUUUUCUUUUCUUCCCUGAUUUAUCUGGCACAAGAUGUGAAUCAACAUUAAAAAUCUUUGUUCUCAAUAUCAGCCGCUAGAUCAUCGCUUGAACUGAUUUUUAAAUGUACAAUGUGCAUUAUUACUGUUGGUUUUUUUAAAGUUUAUUAUUUAUUGUUCUAAUUUAGCAUUGUUAAAUACUACUACUGUAUAAGUAGUAAUGGAAUAUUGUGAUAGCAACUCUAAGUAGCAUAAUUUUAGGCUUAUAUUUUUGUACCAUAUUACAUAAUAAGAAUAUUUGAAUCACAACAUUAGUGUCAAACUUACUACUAGAGCAAAUAGGAGUUUUUGUAAAACAUUAAUAAUGCACCUACCAUUUAAAUAUAAUAUCAGCCUCAUCAUUGCAGUAUAACUUUUAUGCUUGAGUCAUGGGUUUGACACUGAUGUUGUCGCCCCAUAUAUUAGCGAAAUUAAUAUAGAUUUAUUAUAAACCAAAA